CAAAAAUUAGUCAUAAGGAAUGGAAUCAGCAAAUUCAUAUUUCCUUCCUGUUGACUUUGUAAUAUUUGGAGGAAUACUGUUUGUCUGCGCUUCGAUUGGCGUGUACUUUGCUUACAAGGACAGGAAAGUUCAAACAACGGAAAACUACUAUUUUGGACGGAGAAAUGUGAACCCGAUUAUUGUUGCAAUGUCAUUAUCAGUGUCAUACAUAUCAGCGCUUACUGUCAUUGGCAAUCCAGUCGAAGUAUAUCUUUUUGGUAGCGUAUAUGCAUGGACCGUGGUUGCAAACCUCAUAGGAUUUAUUGCUGCUUCAAUAUAUUACAUUCCAUUGUAUCAUCGGCUUCGUAUAAAUAGCGUAUACGAGUAUUUGGAUCGACGUUUUCAUCCUAGAAUACGAUCAUUUGCUUCAUCAAUGGCGAUGAUUAAAUUGACAUUUUACCUGGGGAUAACUGUAUAUCUUCCUUCUCUUGCGUUGAGCGCAGUGACACCUCUUGGACUAAACUGGACAAUUGCAUUGACAAGUAUCCUCUGCACAUUUUACACUAGCAUCGGAGGAAUGAAAGCAGUGAUAUGGACGGAUGUUCUGCAAGCUCUUAUAAUGAUUGCAGGAAUGCUUGCAAUUUUCAUCCAGGCAAUAAUGAUGUAUGGAGGCUUCGGACCAAUAAUGGAUGCCGCAGACCGUGGAGAUAGAAACAAUUUGUUCAAACUAGACAUUGAUCCCAGAAUUCGAAGUACUGUGUGGACAAUAGGAGGUGGAUUGGCACUCAAUACUUGUUAUUUGAGUUGUUGUAGUCAAGUCACAACUCAGAGAUAUUUGUCAUGUAAUUCAGUUCGAUCAUCUAGAAUAGCUGCAUUGUUACAAUGGAUUCCUGGCACAAUCAUGGUCCUUCUCUCCAUUGCAAAUGGUUUAGUCAUGUAUGCUUAUUAUGAAGGAUGCGAUCCACUGUUAUCGGGUGCGAUUGAUAAAAAUGACCAAGCAAUGCCUAGGUUAGCCCUGGAAAUAUUUCGAAAUUUGCCUGGAAUGGCCGGAAUGUUUGCGUCGGCUGCAUUUAGUGGAACGCUGAGCUCAAUAUCAUCGGGAGUCAACUCUCUAUCAGCCCUGGCGCUGGAAGAUUUUGUCAUUCCAUGUUUUCCAGCGAUGUCGACAACAAGAAAAAUGGUUUUCUCCAGACUAUUAACUGUAGUAUUUGGAGGAGUGGUUAUGGGAAUAGCGUACACCGUUUCGCUUUUAUCUUCAAACAUUAUCCAAAUCAACCAGAUAACUGUGUCUUUCGGAACACCAAUUCUAAGCGUUUUCACAAUGGGCAUGUUUAUGCCUUGGAUUAACAGUUGGGGAGCGUUGUCAGGAAUGAUAAGUGGCAUUGUCUGCGGAAGUUGGAUCGCUCUGGCUUCGAUUAAUCAAGCAACCUACCCAGCUACAAGUGAGUCCUUACCCGUGUCCACUAGCAAUUGCACUUUGACGAAUUUUCUACAUAAUGCCACAACUACGUCAUCUACCGAUAUACUCGAAGAUACCACUACACUCGAACCAAUGUCUACGAUAUAUGACGAAUACGGAUCUGUUUUACAAUAUACUCUGUAUUCUAUGUCGCCGUUUUUAUAUGGGACAUUUCAUUCUUCGUUUCUAUUAUCGUCGGGCAUAUCGUCUCACUAUUUACAGGAUUUAACAAAAUAUCAGAAGCUGAUCCGGAUCUAUUUGUUCCUGUUAUAAAUUGCAAAAUAUUACGUUUUGGCAUUACCGAAAAAUCGUCAAAAGAAAAAGAAAUAGCAGAGAAUU